AUGGAGCGGGAGCGGUUGCUUCGGAGGGUGUCGGUGCUGCAGGCCUGCGUCCGGGGCUUCUUGGUCCGACGCCACUUCCAGAGUCUGCGAGCUGAGUAUGAAGCUAUUGUACGAGAAAUCGAGGGUGAUCUGGGCACGCUUCAGUGGACAGAGGGCUGGAUUCCCAGGCCCCAGUUUCUCCCAGCGAAGGCAAAAUCCCAUCGGACCCGGAAACCCCAAGGGAGGGCACCAAAUCCAGAGCAGGAACUGCGGAGCAGCUUCUCAUGUAAAGAACCUGAGAGAGAAGCUGUCUUGGGGAAGGUGAUGCUGAAGAAGUCAGGAGAGAGCUCCGCAAACUCAGGAAGUCUUCUCUGCGGAGGUGACAGCCCCUGGCUUCGGGAUGAGCACAGCAGGAAAGCCAGGAAUCCCAGCCAAGGGGAGACCAGAGGUACAUCAAGGAUGGAAAACCCAGAAGCUGCGGGUCUAGGACUGCCCCGCAGCCAGACUGAGCUCCAGGAGCUCCAGUACCACCACAACCACUUGGCCAUGGAACUACUGUGGCUACAACAGGCCAUCAAUAGCCGUAAGGAGUACCUAAUUCUCAAACAAACACUGACAUCCCCAGAGGCCAGCCAGCCUAGAGACAAGCCCAGCGUGUGCCCAGACCGCAGGGCACAGACCUAUGAGAGGGCUGGGUCACAAACAAGCCCACCACUGAAAAACCAGUCCUACCGAGACAGGACUGCUAGGGAGCCAGACCACGUGGAUGACUGCUGGAGGCUCAAAUCACCACCCCGCAAGUCCCUGGAAAGACUGGCCACUACAGACAAAACCACUGCUGGGGUCAAGUACAGGGACCCAUGCUACAGGAGGGCUGGGCCACAGCUGCCCACACCAUCAGAUAACCAGGCCUUAGAGGGCAGGCUCACCGAAGAGCCAGACCAUGGGGAACAGACAUUUGGACAGACCUGCCCACAGCUAAUGACCGUCCUGCACGACCACACCCCCAAAGGCCUCAAACCUAGGGGCUCCUGUUCCGAAAAGGCCAGGACCCGGAUGCCCACACUUGAAGUCCCAGAUAUUGAGGACAAGUCUCCCAGGAGGCCAGAACACAGAGACCCUGAUGGCCAAAGAGCUAGGCCACGGAAGUUAGACCUCUCAGAGGACUGUGGCAUCUGGGAUGAGACCUCGGCAGAGCAUGGUGGCCAGGGUAUCUGGAAGACUAAACCAGCUAAGGGCCAGCUCUCUAGUGAGAAAAGCUCCAGGGAUAGAACCUCCAAUGAACCUAGCCAUGAGGAAGGGAAAAACCAGAGGACUGUACCAUGGCGAUCAAGGCCAUCUGAGAAACUGUCUUUGACAGGGUCAGCCCACAUGGGAGAGGACCACUGGAGGGACAGGCCAUGGAAAACAGGACCACCAGGCUAG